GCGUGCAUACGAUCCGCCUCCAUCGUCGGGUGCGCGCACUUCGAAAAUGAUACAAAACACUUUACUAUCCUUUAAGUUCUACUCUAUUCUCUCCACUGAGCAUUCUCAGUGAUAAUUGACGGUGAAGCCGGCCCGUAUCAAAGCUCCGCGAAUCAAAAAGUAAAUAAAAAUGCGGAACGUUAGUGAUCUCGUGUGCCGCCAUCGAUUAUAAAAUUAUUAUUUUCCUCCUAGUCUCGUGCGUAUCGCUGAUUUUGUUACCGGUCUCUCCUCCCCCUCUCCUCCGUUUCUUAUACGUAAUCAGUUAUUCGUAUUUGUGCGAGACCUUCUUUAAAUGUGAAAAAACGAUCUGGAAUAUUUAUUUUUCCAAGCAUUGAUCUCAAUGGUCCAUCAUUUACAAGACAGGGUAAGACUUGAAUAAUCAAAAUACAUGUUACAUCGGGUAAUUUCAAUGCAGAAACACCAUAAUUAUAUUUAUGCAAUUUCCAAAAUCUACCUACAAGUGAGAGGUUAGCGGUUUUCUUAAAAUUACAUCAGUCAAAUCAAAAUUCCCGCUUACGAAAAAAAACUACGUACGUCUUUAUGGUAGUGGACAGAAAUGUGAAAUUUUGAUUGAGAACGAUGUACGAUGUAUGAUGGUUAAUUCCUAACCUCAUCUAGCGAUCCUCCAGUAUUUCUCGAACUGAUACUUCAAAAUAAAUACAUGAAGCAAUAAUAAAUUUUGUCCCUCGGCCGAAUAAAAGCUCAUUGGUUCAAUCAAAGUGCAGAAAACAAUUAAUUGUGCUCUAUGACAGUGCUUAAAAAGUGAAAGUAUACACAAAUUUUAAAAUUACUCUUACGUGGUAGUUUUCGAAUGAAUGAAAACAACAAACCGUGCGGUAUUUUUGCCUCGCUCGUAUAAGAUACUUGCUCGUAAGAGUGAAUCAGUGGAUACGUCAUCAGUUUCAUCGGUCGCUAUGAAAAUCAUACGGAUAGGAACGAUAUCUGGAGACAAUUUUACGAGAAAAUAAUUGCAUCAGACUCAAAGGCUUGUAAACUUCCGGCAAUAUUUUCAAGCACCAAACAUUAAAUCAAAGAAACUAGUGCAUCAUCGUUCUUGAAGAUAGAGAAACCGAUAUCGUUAUCUCCCACGCAUAAUACACGUACUCGUUCCGCAUUAGCUAUUCGAUCUUGAUCUGAAGUAGUCGUAAUCUCAAGAGGUGAUUGAACGAUGUCCGUGCUUCAAAGCCUCAAAUCUGACGUUCUGCCACGUCUGGUCGGAAACGGAACUUUUGGAACGGACAAAGUGAGACUUAUCGAGUACGAAAAUGACGAAUCUACAAGCGCAGGAAUACAAUACCAAUCGAGUGUCUACUUUGGCAACGUCGUCAUGGAGACGAAAAAAGGUGAUACCUUCACCCAAAGUGUAAUGAUCAAAACCCUCCCUGAACGUCUCUCUGAGACUGUUGCAUGGUCGUUGGAAAGGCACACUGACCUCCAAUUCCAAAAUGAGCUCCUCUUCUAUUCCGAAAUCCUCCCUUUACUCAAAAAAUGCGAUCGUGACGGCGAGGUCACGAGAAUCUUCCCAAAGUUCUUUCACGGCUCGAUCAAACCUGGAGGGUCAUCCGUGGACAACAUUAUUAUCAUCGAGAACGUCCAAAAACUCGGGUUCAAACACGCCGACGCGAAAGUUUUCGUCGACUACGAGCACAUCAAAUUGACUCUGGAAUGGGCCGCGAGGUUUCACGCUCUCUCUUACUUGUGCAAGAAGAGAUUUCCGAGAGAGUUCCAGGAGCUCGGCGCUAGGAUCCAGGAGACGCUCUGGACGAGACGGAGGGUCCUGGAGCGAUGGGAUAAGUUUUACGUCGAGCAGGGCAAACGAGGAAUCCUACCUCUUCAGAACGACCCGAACUAUAGAGAUAGAUUAGCCGGUAUUUCCGCAGCCAUCCAGGAGGCUGACCUCUCGAUGGCGAAGAUAGUGACACCAGUAGAGCCUCUAGCCGUCAUCUGCCAUGGUGACUUGGGCUGCAACAACAUUUUCUACAGGUACGACUCGAGUGGCUCGCCCUCUGCCGUGAUUUUCUUCGACUUCGGUAUGCUCCGUCACGCUUCACCCGUCAUCGACCUUUCGUUCUUCUUGCUCGUCCAUGCCUCGCCUGACCUGAGAUCUCAGUUCUGGGAGGAUAUGCUCUCGAUUUAUCAUUCGGCUCUGCGAUCGAAUCCCGAUCUGGGUCCGCGAGAUUUCCCCUCCUUGGAGGAAGUUACUGUGGACUUUCAAAGGCGGGGUCUUUACGGAUACGUCCACGCUGCUUACUGGCUGCCGAUCCUGUUGCAGGAGGAAGAGGUGGAAAAGUGGUGGACUUUCACCGUCGAGGAGUUGAUUGAGCGUCGGUUGAGAGGGGGCGGUGAGCGAGCUACUCGUUAUCUCGUUGAAAUUGUAAAACACAUGAUCGAUAAACAAUUUGAUUUCAACUUUAUCGAUAGUAUUCAGUAUGAAUCGUUGAACAAUUUCUCUGGAAAAAAUAAAAUGGCGGCGGAAAUUUUUGAACGUCGCAUGGAGCGUGUGAUAUAUCACCGGAAGGUGAGGAUAUAUCGUCGCCCGGCUAACAAAAGGGCAUAACCACACAUUGAGAUGAGCCCCGGAAUUCAUUGAAUUAUACGGGAAGACAGAGUUCAUUGCAGGGUGUAUUUACACCCUUAUGUCAGGAGGGCGACGAUAUUAACAUUUAGAGAAUUUUUAUUGUUGUGUGUGUCGCGAUUUAAUUUGCAAUUUUGAUAACCAGGAACAUAUUUGCUGUAGAAAUUAUGAUACGCCAUGUUUCAUCAUAAAUAAAACAAUACAAAUUAUAAAAAA